AUGAACGGGCCUCAAUUAACUUCUGGAUUUACUCUGGCCUCGGGCCCUAGACAAGGUCAGGUACAGGGAAAGCAUGCUCAAGCUAUUCAGGCUUGCAAUCUCUGUCGUGCACGCAAGCAGAAAUGCGACGAAGCACGACCUUGUCAGUUCUGUAGUGAACACAACUUUGACUGCCAAUACAACAGUAGUUCUCCGCCAAGGCGAAAUAGAAGUGUGAUGCAACUUCAGGAUAGCAUAAACAACAUGUCUGCUCGGCAGGAUGUCAAGAAUCGGCUUCCGCCGAGUCAAGGCUUUAGAAACACGCCAAAAUUCGCUUCUCUUAAGGCAGCUUUUGCCUCCCCAACAAGGGACCCAAGCGCAUCAAGAAUGCCAAUUUCAACGCAUGGCAAGAUGCACCCUCGUCGAGUUGGUGGCACGAAUAUAGAAUCACCCAUGUUUCCAUACUCAAAUACGUCAACCGCAGACGCGCAAACACCACCUCCUAUCAAACACAAAGUUAUACUGUCUAUGUCUCAGCAGCCUGCGACACCGACCAAUUGCGUGAAAACAGACAAAAUUCGUACAUCAAAUAACUUGUUAUCAAAAGAAAGAAGCGGCCUCCAAAGUAAUCACGCUACACCAGCGCACAAACUAUUAGAGGAAGAGAGCGGCCGUGCGCUGUCAGAUUACCCAAUGCGAUUGGAACAGGACAGAGAGCUCCUCCGCGUCUACAACGAUUCGGAUGCGCCAUCGCCGAUGCCAGAGAAGGGAGGGUUCUUACAUCCUUCAAAGAACUAUAGUGCACCGCAGAAUUAUUCCAGCUAUAAGUACGGACUCAGUGGACUUGGCCCAGACAGCAGACCCAAUUUCCGUACCUCUGUUGUAAACAAGCUGCACAAGGCGUACAUAAAGCACAUGCAUAGCCUGCAUCCAUUCCUAGAUCGCAGCAAGCUUCAAACAAUGAUUAAAGAAUUCAAAGAACUAUACAGCCCUGAUAGAAGGGUUGCAAACUCGGUAUCGCCAGUAGCCCACCAGCUCAAUCCAAGUUUGAAGAGAAAGCGAUCAACCGGCUUUUUCAGCGAACCGUACUCGUUCCAGGGUGCGAUCGAGCGUUUGUUGCCCAAUGCCAUCGUUCUACUUGUACUUGCUCUGGGUAAGGUUUGUUCAUAUAGGAAGAGUUUACCGCAUCCACAAAACAAGAAAAGUCCUUGUACAAACAGGGCCUGGGAGUUUUUUAGUUCGCGCACCAAUAGUAACUUCAACAGCGAUACUUCAGACGACACUUGUCUCAGCAACAUCAAUAUUCUGCCUAGAAUGGCGUACUUUUCUUACGCGACUAGUAUCCUUGGGUAUCAGCAAGAAGGGCAUACCCUUGAACAUGCUCAAGCAAUGAUACUAGCAGCAAUUUACACAAGCCAUGCAUGCAGGGUUACUAUAGUCUUGCUCAAACAGGAUUACCACAAACUUACCUGCGAUUUCUACACCUCUCCAGAAUCUAAGAACUUAUCACUCAAAGAGCGUUACAGGCUAGAGCUGGUUUUACUCUCUUCCGAUUGUUCUCUACGUACUAACUGCGCUAUUAGGGAUAUUGUGGCUGAGAUGAGUACUCUACCUACGAGCGAUGUCAUAGUGCAUCAGAACCGCAUUAUGUAUCCAACGGGCGUGUGCGGCUACUUCCCUGUCGAGGAGAACGAACUGACAGAGGGGACUCAAGUAAACAGGAAAUCCGAGCACGAUAAAGACUUAAUAAUAUACUCCACUCACAAUGCGCUUUACAAAGCUAGUAGCUUCGACCAGGGCAGCAUCAUAGCUAAAGACAGUAAUCCUCCAUCCACGGAUCCUAAUCUUGCUUGUUUGCGUGCCAAAUAUUACGGGGGUGCUUAUAUAAUGCUUAGGCCCUGCCUACAGAUCGCAAGCUAUAUUAUGGAAUAUACACCACCCGUUCAGGCCCCAUAUCAAAACGGCCAUUGGCCCCACAGCAACUCGCCGUCCGCCACCGGGGAAACGCUCACUCCUACAAGCAGACCUGUUUCACAGGUUGAUCUGUCUGAAACACAGAAAGAUGUUGUCUCAAUCGCUUCUCAAUGCAUCGAAAGCGCUAUCAAAAGUACCGUUGCGUUCAACCGUGUCGGCGCCCCUAAAAAAAGCCUAUAUGUGGGAUUCAAGAGCACACGCAACACCAGGCUUGUAUUAACUAAUGUCUUUAGAACUCUGCACGCUCAGUUCGGAAACAUGCUUAUUCUCGCAGCUGUGUUCAAGUCAAGGCUGUACUAUCUACUUCCAUCCAACACCUCGCUUACCCUGCGGAACCUCCACGCGCUCUUCGAACGCACCUUCGAGGUCCUCAGCAAAGUUGUACACAACUCGCCGAUCCUCAAGGUCGAUCUUGAUAUCCUGCGAAACGUGCGAAAUCAACUAAACAACCAACGGGGUCUGCCGCCGUUCCAGUUGUAG